AUGAAAUUUACAUUAUUAUUCAAUCUACUAAUUGUGUCUGCGUAUAAUAUUGAUACAAAUUAUCCACUUUUCUAUCCGAACAAUGCAGAUAAUGUAGAUCAAUAUUUGUAUACGAAAUUCGAACGCAGUUAUUUCGGCUUUUCAGUGUUACUACAUCAUGAUUUACAAAAAAAUAUUUCAUGGUUGUUCAUAGGAGCACCUCGUGGAAAUUAUACGCAGAAACAAUCGACUUUUAGACUUUUAAAUGAACCUGGUGUAGUUUAUCGUUGCAAUUUACCGGGUCCAUGUGUAGAGAUCAAACCGACUUUGAUGAAAGACGAAGAAUUAUACGUAAACCAACUCGAAAGGCACGUGUAUGUAAAGAAGGAACAUUCCUGGUUCGGUGGUGCGAUGUCGAUAGAAAAAUACAGCGGUUUCCUUACGGUAUGUGCUCCGCGAACUACUCUUAGAAUUAUGUAUAAGUUCAAACGUCCAAAUUACGUGGAAACUUUACAAGGCAUGUGUUAUAGUGGUGAAAUAUCAUCGGCAACAUUAAAACCGGAAAAUUCUGAAAUUACAUCCUUUGAUUUCAGCAAAAGUACAUGGUACGAUCCAAUCCAUGGUUUCUCCGUUGCUUUUGCACUACCUUUACAGAAACAAUAUAGAACAAUAAGCCGUAUUGUAGGAAGACCAAAUGACAACAUCAUAGGUAGUGCCAAUAUAGGACGUUUUCGAAUGUACAAGUUAAUUUAUGAGAUUAAUAGAAAAACUACAGAUGAGAUACCGAUAUACGAUGAUCUAUCGAAAUUUGGCUACGCAGUAACAUCAGGAUAUUACUUCCACCAAAAUCAACCCCUUUACGCUUGUGCGGAUCCAGGAUGGAAUUACAUAGGGCAGGUCGUUAUAGUUGAUUUGGACGGAGAUUUUGUACCGCUGGUUACGAAUCUUCGUGGCAGUGACAUUGGCGAAUUCUUCGGGGCCAGUUUAGCCAGCGGUGACUUAAACAACGACGGUUUACACGAUCUUGUGGUUGGAGCUCCGCAUUGGGGGAAUGAUAACGGCAGAAUCCACAUAUAUCUAGGUAGCUCAAAGAAAGAGUUCGAAGUAGCCACGAUUUUAAAAGGUGCCAGAGAAGAUGCACAAUUCGGCUACGCAGUAACAAUCGGUGAUGUGGAUAGAGACGGUUUUUGUGAUAUUAUAGUGAGCGCUCCUUGGGAAGAAUCUGGAGCAAUUUAUAUUUACAACGGCGAUGCGAGUUUAAAAGAUAGAAUAAGACCUACCAUGUCACAAAAGAUCACGACGCGAUCCUUUAGUCAUAAUCCUUCCACGAAAAUGAAUAUACAAACGUUUGGAUUUUCGGUAUCUGAGCCAAUUGAUAUUGAUAAUAAUGGGUACGCAGAUAUCGCGGUAGGCGCGUAUAAAUCAGGACAUGUUAUAGUACUUCGGAGUAAACCUAUUGUAAAAACAAAUUUGACUGUAUACACUAUUCCAAGCACUUUACAAAGGAACAUAAGUAACUUUUUGGUUGAAGCGUGUGUUGAAUAUCAUAACUACAACGCUACAAAUAUACAUGCUUUCAAAGUCUCUCUUAUUGUGGACCAAAAAUAUAAACGUACUAAAAAGGCUUCGUUGGAAAUAUACUCGACGGUUGCUUCCAAUCAUACGUGUGUAAAUGCUACCAUUAUUCUUUCGGAUAAUAUUCAAGAUUUUAUUGAACCGAUUAUUAUUUAUGCAUCUCAUGAUUUUACGUAUAAUGAUUCAUUUGAAUUUUGUAAGACAUGCCCUGUUGAAAGCAAAAACAAUAAAUUGAACGGUGUGCAAGUUUUGCUUCCUUUCGACAUUGAAUGCGGAGAGGAUAGAGUCUGCAAUUCCAGCAUACAUGCAACAGUAAAACUUCGGGGGGUCAGGCAAAAUAAUACUUGGGUAAUCGGUUCCAAUGACAUCACCUUAGAAACAUGUAUAAAGAAUUCUGCCGAGCCGGCAUAUCUUACGACAAUCGUGUUUACCCUACCGAAGGAAAUAGUACUUCGUAGUAUCUUAUCAUUUUGCGACGAAAACACAGACGAAGAUAUCCUGAUAGUUAUUUGCAACGUCGGUAACCCAUUUGGAACAGAUGAGCAGAAAAUUGUGAAACUCGAUUUGGAUAUGAGACAUCUGACCAAUGGUUCCUUGCAUGGACAAGUUCUAGAGUUCUUUGCAGAGAUACGAACUCGCAGUACAAAUAACGGCACGCAUAAAAUUAAAUCACUAUUAACUUUACAAAGUAAAGCAUUUUUAUUGUUAAAUGGAAAAGCCAUUGAAAAAAGUUAUUAUCUAUCUAAUUUGGAUAAUGAUCGAUCAAAUAUAGUUUUUCAACAUGUUUAUCAAAUAUUAAAAUUCGGCGAGACACCUAUAGAAGAGGCACGUCUUGUUGUCAAUUUACCAACAAUUAUAGACGACUCAGAUUCUCCUGUACUUUUGUAUAAGCCGCGGAUUUAUAUAUCUGGUAAAUAUUACGACUGCUUAUCAAACGGAGUGGUUCUAACGGAUAUACGGCGGAAACUUCCAGGAGAAACAGCGUCAGAUACAUCUGAUUUAUAUAAUCUAGACCAUAACGAAUUGCAGAAUUCGACGCAUGAUAUAUUCAAAAGAAAUGUGGACAAUUAUAUAACAGUUGGUGCUCGCAUUUUACAAACAUUGUACAAAUUGAAAAUGGCAACGUUCGAAGAUUCAAACGAUAAUCUAACGAUCCAAGAACGCGAUAUCAUAUACGUGAACUGUUCGACGAAUGGUGUGAACUGUUCAACGAUAUACUGCGAUUUGAAUGCGUUAAAGACACAACAGGACAUCGGGAAGUUAGUGAUGAGAUUAAUUCUCAAUAUAACAAAGCUCAAAGAUAAUUUUAAAUUGUCGAACGAAAUGAAGAUAGUGAAAUUCAACACGGAUGCUUAUGUUGAAAUCAUAAAACCGGCAAAUAGGAUUUUUGGAAUGGAUGUGAGACACAAUACGAAUGUCACGACAGAAUUUCAUAGUACGGUAAAGACACAGAAAUUGCAACUAUGGGUUGUGCUUGUGUCAGUUUCAUUAGGUCUAAUAUUAUUAUGUAUCGUUGUUAUUAUAUUGAACAAGCUACAUUUUUUCAAGAGGAGAACGAAGGAAGAACUAUUUACUUUAAAACCUAAUAAGAUAAUGGGAGAUGCAAAAAAAGAUACAUCUGAGUAA